AUGUCAUCAUCUAAAAUAAUUGAUAUUAUAAAACCUAUUGAUUAUGAUGAAAAUCCUGAAAGAUAUAAAUCAAUAAGUGUAGUUAUUGUAUCAGAUACUCAUAAAAAUCAUGAAGUGAUUAAUAUUCCAGAUGGUGAUAUUUUUCUACAUUGUGGAGAUUUUACAAAUAAAGGUGAUUGGCGAAGUUUAACAAAUGAUCAAAUUCCACAAUCUAUAAUUGAUUUUAAUCAAUGGUUGGGAAGAUUAAAACAUAAACAUAAAAUUGUUAUUUGUGGAAACCAUGAAAUUGGUUUUCAAAAAUACUCAAAAGAAGAAAUUCAAUCCAAUUUAUUAACUAAUUGUAUAUAUUUAAAAGAUGAAUUAAUUCAAGUCGAAGGUAUAACAAUUUACGGUUCUCCAUGGCCAUUUAAUGAACAUUAUCGAACAAAAUGGUUAUCGAUUCCUUCAAAUAUUGAUAUAUUAAUGACACAUAUUCCUCCAAAAUUUAUAUUAGAUUUAGCAUUUCAACCAAAAAAAGUAGCUUCAACAGAACCUUGUUCAAUGUGUAAUGAUACAGUUCAUGGUUCCUAUGGACAUUGGGGUUCAAAAAGUUUAAUAAAAGAAAUUCGUGAAAGAAUUCAACCUCGAAUUCAUUGUUUUGGACAUGUUCAUGAUGACAAUGGUUAUAAAUAUGAUCAACAUGAAAGUGAAACACUAUUUAUUAAUGCAGCAACAGAUUUAACAGGACAAGUUUUUAAAUUGAACUUUUAUCUUGAUUUACAAAAACAUUCAAAUAUAUUUUAA